AUGAUUGCCCCUCCGAUAGUCACGUCCGGAGCACUGACAGUCCUCAUUGCUGGUGGAAGCAUUGGAGGUCUUGCUACAGCUCUAGCCUUAAGGGCACAAGGACACCACGUUAAGAUCUACGAGCAAGCAUUUACACCAGAGACGAAGGGCGCUGGCAUAACGGUCUUCCCCAAUGCCUUAUCAGCGCUCAAGAUGUUGGGGAUCGACUCUCAGGCUGUCAAAGCAACCAGAGUGAAACACAUCACGAGGGUCACAACCGAGGACGACGGAGAGACAGAUGUGGCAGAGAGUGAUAUUGAUGAAAAGGCAUGGCCGUGGCAUCACACAACAUAUCCUGAUUUAUUCGUCGCCAUGUGGGAAGCGGUUCAUGUUCCUUCGAAAUCCGGACCCCAGAUCGAGGUUAACACGUCGAAAUCGGUCUUCCGAGUAGACACCACCAAAGGCACCUUGUACUUCUCGGACGGAUCAGAGGCCACUGGAGAUGUCAUCAUCGGUGCUGAUGGAGUUCACUCUGUCUGCCGGUCAUACGUACCAGGCGGCAGCAUCCCCCGCUUCCGGAUCAAGCGACAUGUCUUUCGUGCCCUCAUUCCGCGAGAAACUUUGGCAAAGGACCCUCGGACGGCCAAGUACGUGGAACAUGAUAGCCACGCCUAUUGUUACAACCACAACGACAAGAGUCUCCUGAUCACGCCGGCCACCAACAACCAAAAGGUUUGCGUCAAGUUUCUGUACGAGGAUCGUAUGGCCUUUAAGAAUCUCAGCAAGGACUGGAGAGAUCCUUCAAGCAAGACGAAGUUGAUGCGUCUCGCUCAAGAUCUCCCGGAAGAAUGCAUCGCCUUGUUCGAGAAGAUAUGUGACCGUGACCUACAAGAUCAGCCGAUCUGGGACAUGGAUCCCUUGACGACGUUUACGUCACAUCGCAUGGCGCUUAUGGGAGACGCUGCUCACCCCAUGCCUCCGUAUUGCGGUCAACGUAUUGCCAUGGCUUUGGAAGAUGCUCUGGCGUUAGGUGUGAUCCUCGAACGUGGCGUUCCAGUUGACGAGCUUGAGGAUCGCUUGAGGUUAUAUUCCACUACACGAAAGCAGAGAGCGGUGGCUGUGCAACAGACCACGAGGGGAUUGUCUGAGGCGGAUAUGAGGAAUUUUGCGACGGACUUUGACACUGCAUCCUUUCACACUUAUAUCCUUGGCCACAAUGAACAACAACACAUGGGCCAAGCCCUCAACUUGUGGAAGAGGUCGCGGAACCCGGAGGACUAUCAGCUACGGAGACCACAAGUACAAGUCUGGGCCGAUCCUGCUGAAGCUCCUCGACCCAGGUCGGCUAGGUCACCGUCGCCGAGAAAGUGGCUGUCUAUCAGCAGAAAAACAUCUCAAGCCUGGUCACGAGUGUUCUCCUCGAAAGGAUCGCCUGUGAUGGCAACCUGA